AUACUCUUGAACCAAACAAUUCCUCUCACCAGCAGCAAUUCUUUUGCGCCCGCCCUGAAGCCUCUCGGUCGAACCCUCUCCGCUCAUCACAAUGCGUCCUACUCUUGCUCUUCGGGCCUUCCGCCCUACGGCCCGCAUGAUGCGACCCGUCCCCAAGGAGGACCAGGCCGGCCACACCGUCUCCCAGCGCCUCCGCAAGCUCAAGCAGAUCCCUGCUGAGCUGUACCCCCUCUUCAUCGUCGUUGGUUUCGCUCUGGGCGCCGCUGCCUACUCCAGCUCCCGCAAGUUCUUCGUCGACAAGAACCUGCGACUCGGCCGCCAGGGUGCCGCUGCCCGCGCCGCUCAGAACGAGGGCGGACACGGCGAGCACUAAAUUGUCUAAGCUUUCGAGAAGCAAAGUCGUUGGUGGGAUAAUCUUUGACAUGCGGCUGCUUGAAACAAUGGAUGGGGGAUCAAGUUCUGUAUAUGUCGAGAAGCAUUAGGGCGGAGUGCCGAGGAGAAACACAGCUUGCAAGUUGUUCCAAAAUCUUCGGAUCCCCAUUCAUGUAAAAAGGAAUACAGUAUGCCAUGAUAUGGUCCUUCCAAAACACCGUCGCUAUGCAAAAAAAAUAAUUCAAGUACUCCGUAAACCCAUUGCAACC